CCAGGUAUUUUUGAUACUUACAACUAUCUCAAAUGACUAAAGAUGUGAAGAUUAUGAAUUUAAGAAAUUACUCCAAAGAAUCUCCAUAGUCUGAGAGGUUAAUACAUAGAUUCUUUACCUACAAGAAGGUGUUGACUUAAUGAGGGUAACAAAAAUAUAAGAUUUCAAAAAGUGUAUUAAUAGAUAUAUAAUCAAAUUGCUAAGAGCCCAGCAAAGUUGAUGUAUGGAAACUUCGUUGAUAACCUGAGACUCUUCACCAGGGGAGGAAGUGGAGGAAUGGGCUAUCCUCGUUUAGGUGGAGAAGGUGGAAAAGGUGGUGACGUAUGGGUUGUAGCCCAUAAGAAAAUGACUUUAAAACAACUUAAAGACAAAUAUCCUCAGAAGCGGUUUGUGGCUGGAGAAGGAGCCAACAGUCGGCUUAGUGCGCUGAAAGGCUCCAAAGGAAAAGACUGUGAAAUUCCUGUACCCGUGGGUAUUUCAGUAACUGAUGAAAAUGGUAAAAUUAUAGGAGAACUCGAUAAAGAGAAAGAUAGAAUUUUGGUAGCGGAAGGAGGUCUUGGUGGUAAAUUCCUUACAAAUUUCUUACCAUUGAAAGGCCAGAAACGAAUAAUUCACCUUGACCUAAAACUCAUAGCUGAUGUAGGUCUAGUGGGAUUCCCAAAUGCCGGAAAAUCCUCUUUGCUAAGUCAGAUUUCUCAUGCAAAACCUGCAGUUGCAGAUUAUGCAUUUACAACAUUAAAGCCUGAACUUGGAAAGAUUAUGUAUAAAGAUUUCAAACAGAUAUCAGUAGCUGAUCUUCCUGGUUUAAUAGAAGGAGCACAUAUGAACAAAGGAAUGGGCCACAAAUUCCUCAAGCAUAUAGAAAGAACUAAACAGCUGCUUUUUGUUGUUGAUGUUUUUGGAUUUCAGCUUUCUGCCAAAACUCAAUACAGAACUGCUUUUGAAACCAUAAUACUGCUGACAAAAGAGCUAGAAUUGUACAAAGAGGAACUUCAGACAAAACCUGCACUCCUGGCAGUAAAUAAAAUGGACUUACCAGGUGCCCAAAAUAAAUUCCAUGUGCUGAUGAACCAACUCCAGAAUCCUAAAGAUUUUCUGCAUUUAUUUGAAAAACACAUGAUUCCAGAGAGGACGGUGGAGUUCCAACAUAUCAUCCCCAUCUCUGCAGUUACUGGAGAAGGAACUGACGAAUUAAAGAACUGCAUAAGGAAAUCUGUGGAUGAAUAUGCAGACCAGGAAAAUGAUGCAUAUCAUAGGAAACAGUUGCUUAAUUUACAGAUUUCUAAUACAAUAUCUUAUAGGGAGCCACUAUCAAAGAAUACUGUUACUAGUUCUAAAAUGGAUAUAAUUUAAAUCUAUUCAAAAUGAUACUGAAAUUGCGUUCAUUUGAAAUCUUUUCCACUGACAUGUAUAUUUUAGAAUGUUAGUUAUUACUAACCUUCUCAUAUAUAUAUAUGUAUAUAUAUAUAUAUAUACACCAUCAUUUGAAAACCAUAUCUUUUUAAGUUUUAUAGUUAAGUGUAUCAACAAUAAAAAAGUGACUGAAAGCUAAAAUGACAGUUUAUAAUUUUAUGGCCAAUCCACCUAUAAUAAAGUCCUCUGAUAGUCCUGUACUUAGGAUGUCUUUAGUGAGGUCUUUUUUAUGUAAACCGAUUUGUAGGAUGUUACGAGAAUGAGCAACUGGGUUUUGUUUGUCUUGGGGUCUGUUAUGUAUCUGGUUCAACUAGUCUAUAUAAUAGUUCUCAUUUUUAGAAAAUUGAAAAACUCUAAAUUUGAACAUAUGUUCAGUGAUAACAAAGAUCACUCAUAAUGGUUAACAGAAACCAGGAAAUAACAGUCAUACCUCGGUAAUUGUCGGCUUCAGCAUUCAUCAAACCCGGCAUUCGUCGCAUUUUGACGAGAAAAAUGUUUCAGUGCUCAGUGCUUGCUCAGGACUGGUCGCACUGGAUAGAACUGGUGUGAGUCACGACCAGUCACGCUGUAAGAGGAAAUGCUUCAUCACUUGUGGUUUGCUCAGCACUCCUCGGUUUGGGCGCUCGUCGUGAGUUCUGGAAUGAAUUAACAACAGGUACGGAGGUACCACUGCAGAUGUUUGUGAUUUCAACUUUUGGAAAAUUUUCUUUGUGAAGUAUAAGAGUAUUUUUUCCUGCGUUGAAGCAGACUGAUGUGUGACUCAUUUUCUUAUGUCUUAGUCUGUUUCAUUGUCUACUUUUUACAUUUUAGUAAAAAGAGAAUAGGACAUGCAAACUUCAAACAGUGUUAUCAAUCAUAGAUAUAUUCUUGAGAUUAUAAUUUCUAUCUGAGUUUCAAAAAUAUUUACCAAUUGAAUAUUUUCUCUAUAUGAAUUUUAUUAUAAAAUAUAUCUUAUUUGUAAAAUGUAAAAUUUAAACAGUGCAAAAGCACAUAAAAUUAAAAGUUCCAUCUUUCUGUAUUAGGCACUCCAGACCUUCCUAGACAAAACCACUGUUAAUAGUUUCCUAUGAUUUUGCAGAAUUUUUAAAUCUAAGUAUCUUUUUACCAAAAUGAGUUUAUUAUGUAAACCUUUACAAGUUUUUUUUUAUAAAAUAGUAACAAGUUAAUGAGCUUUUAAUAAUUAUUCUUCAAUGCUGCUUUUAAAUUAUUAGGAAUUAUUUUGGAAUUUAAGGCUUAGUGAAGCCAUUACAUAUGGUAUAAGUAUUAAAUAAAAAUGGUGUAAGUAUUCUACUUAAAUUUCAUCUGAUAUGACACUGAAUGACUUUUUACAAGUAUUUCACUUUUACUUGUUCUGUUCUAUGUAGCCCACUCCCACGCCUCAUCCCUUUCCCCAGAUUACUGGCUUUUCUUGUACUUCUUUGUUCUUCAUUGCACAGGUGUUUAUUUAUUGAGUGUCUCUUCUGUACCUGGCACUGUGCAGGACGUUUCAUGGUUUCAUGUACAGUGUUGAAGAGGACAGACAGGAUCUGCGGCCCUCGUGGAUUGCACAUUAUUUAGUACAAACUACAGGGGGUUGAAGUAGCUUGGUUUCACUUUCUAACAAAGGAAUAAAAGUGAGGAAGGUAUUUGGAAUU